AUGGGACGUGAGGCGAUAAAGAUUUACGAUUCAUUUACAUGGGCACCGGAAGUUGAAGCUGAUGAACAGGCGGGUAUUCAGGCUGUUCCGGCGGAGAACAAACAUGAUUUAACCACAGUUUUUCGAAAGUUUGACAGACAUUACGGUGUACAUAAUUACAGAAACAUUAAAAGACAGGAAUUUCUGAACACUAAACGAGGCAACAAAACCAUUAUGGAUUACAUAUCUGAACUUAAGAAAAAGGCAGAGUUCUGUGAAUAUGGAGAUCAGCGUGAAGGAUUUAUUUGUGACAUGAUCAUAAAUGGUGUGAAUGACAGAAAGUGUACAGAAAAACUUAUGGAAAUUUCGGCAGCAGAACUGACUUUGGAGAAAGUUAUUCAGACAUGCAGACAAGUGGAACUCACGAAAGCUCAUCUUGAUACACUCACAGAAAAUCCGACAGUCAACUAUGUUAGCACCUCCAAGCCAAAGCAGAAAUCGGGUUAUCAAGGAAAGUACCCCUAUUGUGAAAAGUGCACGAAGCAUCAUGCUUUUCGACAGUGCCCAGCAUUCAACAAACCUUGUAAUGAGUGUGGCUUAAAAGGACACUUUAAAGCAUCACCACUGUGUAAAGGACGUUCUCGUCAAUAUCAACAAAAUCGAGGAAAUUCACGCCGUGGACGUGGUUGGAGAUCUGGACGUGGCCAUGAAACUAGCAGACCCCCACAACGUCAUAGUGUGCACUAUUCUGCCUGUCAGGAACCAGAUCCGGAUGUCUGUGACAUUUUUGAUCAGAGCUUGGUACAGCAGUGCUACACCGCAUUUAUGGAGGAAUCAUUUGAAAGUGUUCAUGCAGUGUCUAGUGCUGAUGGUGAUUGGACUGUUACUUUUGAGAUACAAGGAUCACCGUUUCCAUUGGAAUUGGAAAUCGACAGUGGAGCGAGAUGUAGCAUAAUUUCCAAGGCAAUAGCUCAACAAUUUACCUCGAUUGCUUCAGUUCAUGAAAGUGGCACAGUUAUCAAUGGUGUGUGUGGCAACCCGACAAAAGUGUAUGGUGAAAUAACAUUACCUUGUAAAUAUGGAACAAUGUUGCGAAAUGUAACCUUCAAGAUUAUGGACACACCGAAACACAUCAGCCUGUUAGGGAGACCUGACUGUCUACACUUUGGUCUGAUUAUGCGAGUGAACACAGUGAACAGUGUUAGUAUAUCCACAAAUGAGCUUAUUCAAGAAUACUCGGAUGUGGUCGGAGACAGUAUUGGCUGCUUACCAGGGGAAUAUGACAUCAAAGUGGAUGAUUCAGUGGAACCUGUUAUUCAUGCUCCAAGACCAUUACCAGUGGCAAUGUGUGAUGAUGUGAAAAAAGAACUUGACCAUCUAAUGAAGUGUAACAUCAUUGCACCUGUAACAGAGCCAACCAGUUGGGUGAGCAGCAUGGUAUGUGUCCGCAAGAAGAAUGGACGAGUUAGGAUAUGCUUAGAUCCUACUGAUCUGAACAAAGCAGUGCUACGUGAACAUUUCCCUAUGAACACUAUAGAAGAUAUAGUCACCAGAGUACAUGGAAGCCAGAUAUUUUCUACAUUGGAUGCAAACAUGGGAUACUUCCAGAUCAAACUCUCCAAGAAGAGUUCACUUCUUACUACGUUUAACACGCCUUUUGGCCGAUAUCGUUACUUACGCAUGCCGAUGGGCCUCAAGUGUGCAGCAGAAGUAUUUCAACGAGAAAUGAUCAACCACUUUGGGAGUAUAGAUGGAGUCGAAGUGGUUAUGGACGACAUCCUGAUACAUGGCCGUGAUGAACAUGAACACAACAGUCGUUUGCGUAGUGUACUUGAACGUGCCAAGUCCAUCAACUUGAAACUGAACAGAGCCAAAUGUAUUCUAGCUAAGAGUGAAGUCAACUACGUGGGUCAUUUAUUGACUGGUGAGGGACUGAAGCCUACCCCUGAACGAGUUCGAGCAAUAACAGAGAUGAGGGACCCGGAAAAUCAUGCAGAGCUGGAAACGGUUCUGGGCAUGCUUGCCUAUGUUGCAAAGUUUAUUCCAAAUCUCAGUGACCUGAAUGCACCUCUCAGAGCUCUUAAGACUAGUGAUCACUGGAAUUGGACUUCCGAAGCAAAGGAGUCAUUUGAGAAUGUGAAAAAAGCACUUUCCUCAACUAAAGUUCUCAGAUAUUUUGAUACCAAUCAACCGGUAACUCUAAGCGUAGAUGCGUCUAUGAAGGGACUAGGAGCAGCAAUUAUUCAACAGAGUGGAGUUGUUGCAUACGCCUCAAGAGCCCUUACCCCUGCAGAACAGCGUUAUGCACAAAUAGAAAAAGAAAUGCUUGCGGUAGUGUUUGGCUGCGAAAAAUUCCACAAGCUUCUGUAUGGCAAAAGUGAUGUAACAAUUGAAUCUGAUCACAAACCUCUAGAAACUAUUAUGCGCAAGCCGAUACCUUCUGCACCGAUGCGUAUUCAGAAGAUGAUGCUGAAACUUCAGCCAUAUGAGUUUCGUCUUGUCUAUGUGAAAGGAAAAGAUCUAGGACUUGCGGAUUGUCUUAGUCGUCUACCUCUAGAAGAUACUUGUCAGUCAAUGGAUGAUGAAAUGAUGGUUUUCAAAACAGAUACAUUGACGAGCAGCAAGCAUGAUGUGAUUGCAGAAGCUACCAAACGCGAUGAUCAGCUGCAAAUGUUGAAGAAGGUCAUUAGUGACGGAUGGCCUGACAGAAGAGCUGAUGCGCCAUUAGAGGUUUUACAGUUUUGGGACUUCAGAGAUGAACUCUCAACAUAUAAUGGUGUGAUUUACCGAGGAGAACGCAUUGUAAUUCCAGUAGAGCUGAGACCAUCUACAUUGAAAACUAUUCACAGCUCGCACAUGGGGAUGCUGAAAUGCAAACAACGAGCAAGAGAACUGGUUUAUUGGCCUGGAAUGAAUAAGCAGAUAGAGGACGUGGUGAGCCGUUGCAGCACAUGUCUACUUCAUCAAAACAGACCCCAGAAGGAGCCUAUGAUGAUACACCCCUUACCUUCCUUACCAUGGAGCAAGGUAGCCACGGAUCUGUUUGAAUUAGAUGGCUUUCACUACUUAAUUAUGGUGGAUUACUAUUCUAACUUCAUCGAAGUGGCAUCACUAAAACAUGACACCACUUCAAGGAAUGUUAUCAAGCACCUGAAAGAAAACAUUGCCAGAUAUGGCAUCAUUGACACUUUGAUCAGCGACAAUGGUCCUCAGUACACUAGUGCUGAAUUCAAGUCUUUUGUUGCUAGCUAUGGGAUUGAACAUGUGACCUCUUCACCUUUAUAUGCACAGUCCAAUGGUCUGGCUGAAAAGUCUGUGCAAACAGUGAAGAACUUGCUAAACAAAUGCCGCGAAUCAGGAGAUGAUGUGUACCUAGCCCUUUUAGAUUUAAGGAACACUCCUCGGGAUGAGCAGAUAGGAUCACCUAUGCAGAGAUUGAUGGGUCGACGAGCAAAAACGCUACUCCCCAUAAGUGAUAGUCUGAGGAAACCAACAACCAUCAAACCAGAAGCUGUUUCAUCGAAGCUGAUGGAGUAUCGUCAGAAGCAGAAGUUUUACUAUGAUCAUGGGGCAAAAGAGCGUGCCGAAUGUCAGCCCGGUGACACCCUUCGUAUUCAUAGUCCGGAUGGAUGGAAGCCGGCCGAGUUCGUCAGAAAGUCAGGUGAACCUCGUUCUUAUGUUGUGAAGGCAGGAAGUGGUCGACUUUACCGUAGAAACAACAGUAUGCUUCUCAAGACCAAGGAAGAGCCGCAUGUGAUUUCAACCCAAGAGUGUGACAUACCACCCGUGAAUAUUCCAUUGUGGGCGCGACCGAAAACUGAAAUAACAAAAACAUGCGUUGUACCGAAGCAAUCUGCUUCCCCUCCAAGUAAACCGACCGUUGACAGUGAACAGAUCCAGAGAACAAGAUCGGGACGAGAGAUAAAGAAACCGAAGUAUCUGGAAAAUUAUAUUUUGACUACCAAAAUUGUGUUUAGUGAUGUUGCACAUGCUACUGUGGCUUUCUGA